GGCGGCGGAGUAGGUCCGGUUUCGCCUUGCUAUUCUGUAACAGCGCCUAAUUGGGGGUUGUGACCUGCAAGCUUGAGACGGCAACACCGUAAAAAUAUUCCUUAGGUGGGCGACGAGGUACUGUUGCCGAAGGACAUUCGUUACAGCGAUGCCAAAGCGUGGGAAAAAGGGAGCAGUAGUAGAAGACGGGGAAGAGCCCAAGACAGAGCCAGAGGCUAAGAAGACUAAAGUGGGAACAAAGAAAAAUGAAAAAGAAGCUGCAGGUGAAGGUCCAGUCCUAUAUGAGGACCCUCCAGAUCAGAAAACUUCACCCAGUGGCAAGGCUGCCACACUCAAGAUCUGCUCCUGGAAUGUGGAUGGGCUUCGCGCCUGGAUUAAGAAGAAAGGUUUAGAUUGGGUGAAGGAAGAAGCUCCAGAUAUCCUGUGCCUCCAAGAGACUAAAUGUUCAGAGAACAAACUACCAGGUGAACUUCAAGAACUGUCUGGACUCUCGCAUCAGUACUGGUCAGCUCCCUCAGACAAGGAAGGAUACAGUGGUGUGGGUCUGCUUUCCCGCCAGUGCCCACUCAAAGUCUCUUAUGGCAUUGGUGAGGAGGAACACGAUCAAGAAGGCCGAGUGAUUGUGGCUGAAUUUGACACAUUUGUACUUGUGACAGCCUAUGUACCUAAUGCAGGUCGGGGUCUAGUAAGACUGGAAUACCGGCAGCGUUGGGAUGAAGCCUUUCGCAAGUUUCUCAAGGGCUUGGCUUCUCACAAACCCCUUGUGCUAUGUGGGGACCUCAAUGUGGCUCAUGAAGAAAUAGACCUUCGUAACCCCAAGGGAAACAAAAAGAAUGCUGGUUUUACUCCACAAGAGCGCCAAGGCUUUGGGGAGUUGUUGCAGGCGGUGCCCCUGGCUGAUAGCUUUCGGCACCUCUAUCCCACCACAGCCUACGCUUACACUUUUUGGACUUACAUGAUGAAUGCUCGCUCCAAGAACGUUGGUUGGCGCCUUGAUUACUUUUUGUUGUCCCACUCUCUUUUACCUGCAUUGUGCGACAGCAAGAUCCGUUCCAAGGCCCUUGGCAGUGACCACUGUCCCAUUACCCUGUACCUAGCCCUGUGACACCAUUCAAGAACCAUUGAGCUGGGGAAACAGCCUUCCCUUACCCACAAAUAUUUCUUCUUAACAGUUCUCUAGAGAAACUAUACUGAGUUAGUUUUUUUUUUUCCUGUAAGAAUGUCCCAAGCUUCUUGUUUUGUGGGUGCCCUCCCAUAUUUUUUUAAACACUGAGAAAAGCCACUAAGUUUGAGUAAUCCAUGUAAAAAAUAAAAGGCCAUAGUUUGA